CGGUCACCCAGAAACUGGAUGAUUUCCUCAAGUUGCUGGAAGACAGGUGGCAUGAUCCUCAAGAGGCCCACAAGGCUACUGAUGCGAUCCUGACACUGCAUACCAGGCAGUUUAAGUCAGUAAGAGAGGCCACUGACGCAGUAGAGCRUCUGAUCUGUGUCCUUGGGGUGCGCUAUGACCCCCAGGUUUUACUUACCUCGUACCUGAGAUGCUUUCCCAUGCCUCUCGGGAAUCAGCUGGCAGGUGAGGCCAACAUCAAUAUGCACGACUUCCCGUCGUUUAGCAAGAAGGCCCUAGACCUGGAAGCAAAGAUAGGGCAUGGACAGACGCCCACGACGGAUGGUAGGAAAAAGACACUGCCUCCCAACUGGAAGGCGAAAGUCAGUAUUAUGUUCGUCGACAAUGAUGGUUCUACCAUCGAGUUAGAUGACGAGUUUCAGGCGGGAGUAGGUUCAGAGGAGGGCAGCGUAGAAGCUUCACGGGGUGUAGUCGUCGUUGCCGUCGCUCAAAAAAGUGAGCUUGAUGAGUUUUGCCGGCAACUCAAGGAACUCGUACAAAAGGGUUAUGGAUCUCCAGUCCUAUUUGUGCUUAAGAAGGGGGGAACUCUGAGGAUGUGCAUUGAUUAUAGGGGCCUCAAUGCCAUCACUGUCAAGAACCGAGAGCCCCUACCGCACAUCGACGACUUGUUAGAUCGAGUGAAAGGGUGUCGGCUUGCGGACGAUGUCAGUCGUUCUAUGGUGGAAGCCUAUUGCGAGGAUCCGUUUAUGUCUGAGAUCAUUCGCAGACUCAAGGCGAAGGACAAAGUGACUUCUACCGAGUUUGAGUUGGUCAACGGCUUGCUGUUCCUUGAGAAGGCUGGGAACAAACGUUUGUGUGUACCUAAUAGGGAGUCUUUGCGCAGUUUAUUCUUAGGAGAGUGUCAUGACGCCACCGACCAUUUCGGUUUCAAGAAGACUGCAGCCAAUUUGUUGCAGCGGUUCCGGUGGCCCACGAUGAUGAGAGACACAAAGUUGUACGUGGAGACUUGUCAAGUCUGUCAAAGGGGCAAGCCACGUACACAGGCUCCUCUUGGGCUUCUAAAGCCCCUUCGGAUUCUGAAAAGGCCUGGAGAGAGCCUGUCCAUGGACUUCAUGGAUAGGCUGGUCACCAGCAAAAGUGGUAUGUGCUAUGUCUAUGUCAUCAUGGAUAGAUUUAGUAAGUACGCUAGGUUAGUCGCAAUGCCUGCAACAGCUAAAACUGAGUAUGUGAUCAAGUUGUUCAAAGAGAACUGGGUCAGAGAUUUCGGACUGCCUAAGUCCAUAGUUAGUGACCGGGAUGUGCGAUUCACCAGUGAAUUGUGGAAAGCUGCAGCUGCAAAACAGGGCACGCAGUUGCAAAUGACAUCAGGCAAUCACCCAGAGGCGAAUGGGCAGGCAAAGCAGUUGAACCGCGUUAUACAACACCUCCUGAGGCAUUACAUCAAGCCGACUCAGGUAGACUGGGAUGAGAAACUUGCUCUCAUCGCCAGCCUGUACAACAACGCUGUGCACAGCGCUACGCGAGUAAGCCCGAAUAGCUUGCUACUGACUUUCAAGCCUAGACUGCCUUUGGACUUCCUACUACUUGAGAAUCAGCCAUCUGCUGCACCAGGAACCUUAGAGUUUGUUUAUCGAUAUGAGUGCCUGAUGCAGCAGGCUGUCGAGCAAAUGCAUAAAGCACAGGCGGCGAUGAUAGAGUCAGAGAACAAACGCCGCCACCCAUCUGCAUUCCAGGUAGGAGAAAGAGUCCGGGUCAAGUCUUCAGAACUGGGACAGGAGCACGGGAUCUCCCGCAAGCUCAUGCCACAGUACUUUGGACUAUGGGAGGUUCUAGAUGUCAUUGGGGAUGAACCAGAUGGCCCUUCUUAUGUUAUUCGCAUCCCUGGUCACUUGCGCACUUACCCUGUUUUCCACGCCUCCAAGCUUGCACCUUUUGAAGAAACAGAUCAGUUUCCCUCUCAUUGCUCAAUGCUGCCCCCAACCAUGGAUGGAGAGGUCGAUAUCGAUGACAUCGUUGACCACAUGGAAAUGCCAGUUCCAAGAGCGGCAGGCAGUGGACGUCCUCCAAAACCGAAUAUGCAGUAUCGAGUUCGGUUUAGACAUCACACUAAUCCAAAGGAGGAUAUAUGGUUCACACGGGAGGAACUGACGCAAACCGCUCCACAGGUUGUCGUUCACUAUGAGAAGUCUCUGUAGAAGGGAAAACGCCAGAUUAUCGAAGACUAAACUUCUCAGAGGACUAUCGAAAUAUGGAGGAGGGAAUGCGAGGCACAUGGCCUCGCAUUGUCCUACAUGGCCUAUUUCUCACACAGUCGGCCGCCCUACGUGAAGGCAGGCACGACCGAGGCCUACAGGCCAUUUUGGGGUCACCACGCAACUGGGGAAAUUCAGGCAGUUGUGCAGCGCCAGUUGGUUGGAAGCGCCCAAGCCCAGACUGCCUUUCAUUGCAUGUAACUGAGGCAGGCCCUGUGCCGGAUACACAAAGUGGACCGAACAAAGGCUGAGGGCAGUU